AUGACUACGUUCAUGGAUGUCAUCAGUCCUCAAUCAUGCCCGAAGCCUUUCGGGAAUACCGCGGCUGAGACCAUGUCUGCUUUACACUAUCCGCGCACUUGUUCUCUAUCUGGCUUCCCAGCUAGUCGCCGUUCGUUUCAAUCGUCUGCGCUGUUUGCGUCACCUCCAAUCGAUAUUCAAACCCCGCAAGUCAAUCACACAACCAAUGAAUCAUCGGCCAGUGGCUCAAUUGACGGAUUUGCAACGAUAUCGCAUGUCUUGGCGAAGGCGCAUGGCUUAGAUGGAAAGGCAAAGCCUGUUGAAACCACCCCCAAAAUCAGAACCCCCAAAAUCAGAUUGAAACCGAACCCCGCCGAAUAUCUUUCCAAAGCUUUGCGAAAUGGUGGACAUGCCCUUGGAUAUGGACAAGCAGUUGGACUUGAUCCUAACCAUGCCCACCGAACUCACACUCAACCAAGGACAGUUGGUCGACCAAAAAAGCCGUCACUACCGGUUAUACUUGGCGAGUAUAUCCGAGAGGUGGAUCCCUUACUCUUGCAUAUCUCGCCUGCGCAUUCAGAUGAUGAUCUAAAUAUUGCUUUGAAGAAUGUCUUCAGGGAAAAGAACCUUGAAUAUCUAACAUCGCGUGGAUAUGCUCCCACCGAUGUUGCUGCUUGGGCAUGGAUCAUGAAGAGCCGGAAUUCUCAUAACGCGGCGGUGCGAUUGUUCUUAUUUGAAAGCGACAGAGCCAAAUCAGGCACCAAGAGCCCGAGUAUUCCGCCUUUCAUUACGCUUCAUCUUCUGCGGCAGCACAACAUCGAUGCACACGCCUUCCGUUUGCUCCUGAUUCACUCUUUACAUCUGAUGAGCGGCCAGCCGCUUCCGAAAUACGACAAUCCUGCCGAGUUUAUUGAAGAUGACACCCAGCUGCUCCCAGUUGAUUCCCACACCGAGCUGGAUUCUGGAACUUGCAUGAUUCUGGCUGUUCGCUUAAUCCGCCAUGCGCGCCGCGUGUGGCCCCAAGCCCUCCUUACCAUUGCACGUGCAUUCGCCCACUUCUUCACUGCACCAAGGGCGAAUGAGGCUGAGAGAUCAACCCUAGAAGCACGACAAGAUGAUCGCGUCAAAACCAACAAGUUCAAUGAUUGUCUCUGGCUCCUUUCUCUGCCAGCCAAAAUAUCCCCCUAUCGGUCAACUUCCAUUCAACAGCAAGCUCAAUUUGAGCUUCUCAGAGCUAUGGCUACUCACAAGCCCGUCCUUCCUGUCACUAGACAAGGUUAUCGUGCAAUCAUCGCAGUUCAAUUAGCCCAUAAAAAAACAACAGAGGAGCGACAGUCUGCUGAGUUGAAAGCCCCAUCAUGGCCCCCUUGGAAAGAAGAAAAACUUGGGAUUGAUUCUUUGCGCGGUAAUGAAGGGAUGUUCAGCCGUGCGAUGCAAGUACUUUCACAAAUGAAAGAUGCUGGCUAUUCCCAUCGUCUUUGGGAGGAGAUUUCCUCGAUUUUGGCGGGCUGGGACACUGAUCAUAGCCCGACGGUACAGACAAGGGCUAUAAUGCGUCGUCCGCAGGCUUUGCCGGAUACGCAUACAUCCAAACGACAUCAUCACGAAAUAUGGGUUGCCCGGAUUCGUUCAACGAGGACUGUUCGCGAAGCCUGGGCGUGCUUUCUAUCUUACCAGGAUCAUGGCCUCCCUCCCAAGGGAGCUGUCUACGCCGCAAUGGCUGAAAAGCUGAUAUAUCGAAGAAAUGCAAUUGAGUGUACCUUUAAUCACACAAGCCACGCUCUUCCAGGUGAUGGCCGUGAGGUUCAUCCCGAACCGGCCUCUGCGCGUGAUAUUAUUUAUGUGCCUACAGAGCCACCUUCGUUGGAUGAGUUCAUUGACCAGAUGCUCUCACAGGGGGUGCGGCCUUCAGGGAGAUUUCUGGGUUUACUUCUUCAGUCGGCAACUUCUAUGCAUGCAGGGCUAUACUAUCUUCGACACAGUGGUCUAACGGAUGCUCAGGUCGCGGCUUUGUCCACUGUGCGAGCUAACCCACGAAAAUACCAUAAAGUUGACAUGGAAGCCUUUCAGACAGUGCCUGAUCUGGUAUUUGCUUCAUUUAUCAAAUUUCUGUGUGCACAUUCAAAUAUCGUCGGAUCAGAGGUGGGAAGUCGGAAUAUCCUCACGGCUGAUAGUUUCCCGGCUCUCGCAACUCAUAGGCAUUCGAGCGGACCCACUGUCGAUCUUCUGACAUACUUCGAAGAGAAUCCAAGAGAGCAUCACUAUCCGCGAGCGUUAUGGCAUGCAAUUCAACUGACAAAAUUGAGGCGCAUUCCUUACGCUCCAGCUUGGAAGCACAUCUUGUCCUCUUUGACUCGUGAACGCCUGAACGGGGUCCAUGGACCAAGAGGCCGAAGUCUUCUGCGCAUUCUCGCAUGGCAUCAGACCCUCAAAGCUCUGAGCUGGAUGCGCCAGCAUAAUGUUGAACUUGGCGAGGAAGGGUUUCAGACCCUCUGUGUGGCAUUCACAAAAGCCAUCGAUGCCGCCUUCAGACAUCCAGGCACUGCUGAACAAAGCUUUGUGUUGAUUCAUGCAGCUCGCAACCGUCGCCUCAAACCUAAAAUCGAGGGCGGCCAUGACGACUUUGAGCAUUUCCUGCAGCAUGCGCUUCACGUUCUGAAGCACCAGUUUGACCAUCUCGUUCUUCCAGCCUCCAAAACAUCCGAGCAUGCGGAGCGGAGCGUUUUCGCCUCAAAUGAUACGUCUGAUGCACAAAUUAGUGUGCCUUCGAUGCUUCAUACACCUUCACCUGCUACGCUGCAUGCAUUUGUUCGCGCUUUGGGUUCCAUCGGAGAUGAUGAUGGGCUGUUACAUGUACUGCAGUGGAUGAGCCAGUCAGCUGAUCUACUCAAAGAAGCUGCAGAUGAACAUUCAAAUGGAGACAGGAUGAUGCGGCGGACCCUUGUGGCGAUCAGGGUAUUCUUGGAAAGACGACAACAACGAACAGUCGACAAUCGGGUACCAUCGGACAUGGUGCAGGAGGCAUACGACCUUGUCAGCCGGACAGGCUGGGACUGGCCAAGUGAUGCGGAGGUUGAAGAAUAUUGCCAGUGA